CGGACCGGUUGGGGCAGGCUUCCGCCCCACCUGCCAGCCUAGCCCAGGCGCGCCCCUCGCCGCUGGCCCUGGCCAGCAAACGGGCAAGAUCGUAGCGUUGGGGCGCCUAGCAAGGACCUUAUCUAGAAGGCGGUCCUCGUGUUACAUGUGAGGAACCUAGACGGAGGGGAGCCGAGUUGGCAGAGCAAAUUGCAAGGUGCUAGGAGCCAGGAUUCUUAUCCUUGAUGCCAGGCCCUUUCCCAUGUCAUCAGCUUUGACAAUGGGCUUUUGUCGAUUAGCCACCUCUCGUCAUCUGAGGUGACUGGAAGGGAGAAAGGGGACACAGGUGGAUGGAGAAAGUACUUUUUUCUGUCCUUUUGAGAUGCUAAUGGCCUUUUAAUAAAAUCUACUGCGGCUAACCUGUAUCGUAAUUGGGUGCCAUCCGGCUGGUUCUGUCUCAUAGCCACCCUAGGGACAACUGAACAAAACCCUGCGCCAUUCUCACUACAGUUCCUGCGUUUGUCAAACCACCUCAUUGAGGAUCUUCCUUUUUUCGUUUUUGCUGAACCUCUCCCAAGCACGAUGUCCUUCUUUGGGGACAGAUUCCUCCUGAUGACCAAAGUUAAACAGUCUCACCGGCAGCAUUUCUAAGUAGUAUUCAGGCUGCAGGUCUUCCAAGACAGAUUCAUUCUUCUGGCUGUCCCUGGUACUUUCAGCAGUCUUUGUGAGCACCAUAAUUCAGUUAGAUCAAGUCUUCUGCAGUCAUGGUCCGGUUGUCACAUAGGUAUUUGACACUGCUAAAAAUGCCCCCUAUGGGCCAGGCCCACCUUAGUCUUCAAAGUGACAUCAAGAGUUGCUUGUCAGUCACCCCAGGUGCUACUGUUCCUAAAGAAAAGUUCUUCCUUGUUAUCCUAACCUAGCUGUUUACUUGCCACCAUAAGUAAGUUUGGCUUGGCGGGCUGACAAAAGUCAAAUAGCCUAUCACAGUAACGGAAUGCUUCCCUGAUACUGUGCCACUGAGGGCUGGUGGUCCCAAGGGGCCUGGAUUCCGUUCAGUCCCUGGAAAAGUCAGCAGCUCCUUGGGUUUCUCACCACAGGGCUUCUGCCCCUCCCUCUACAGAUAGAGCCCCCAACUCUCUCUUCUCGUACCUGUCAGCCCACCUAAGGCUUAAGUUGAUAGCUCUGACUCCAGGGGAUGCUGUAAGCUUUCAGAGGAAGACAGUCAAUCUAUUCCUUUCGCUCACCUUAAGAGGCUGCCCCUUUCACACCGUGCAAAGAUGUCCUGUCCCAGGAAAACAUGUGCUUUGGGUGUGUUUUUCAGGGCACUAAGGAGCCUGUGCUGAGUCGCAUGCUUUGGUGAGAUAGGUGGUCACUGGUACCUAUGAAGAAUUCACUAGAGUUUCUCUCCAGAGUUAGUGUAUUCAAAGGGCCUCCAGCAGAACGUCCUGCUAGUUCCUGAAAAGGAAAAGGCUCCGUGGUGGACAGCUGCCCCGCUCCCACUUGCUUGCCUCGGUGAAAUGCACACCUGUGAGCUAUUGUUGGCUAGCACUCAUCUAGAACCCAGGAGCUGUCUAUGAGAUCUAAUCUCAGGCCAGGUUGGGGAAAGUAGGUCACAGUGGCCGGACAGUGAGGUCACAGAGAGAUUGGUUUGCCCCAGACUCCAUGGGGGGAGGAGUCUAGGAGGCAGAGAGGCCCCAGAGGUCCUCCAAGCCCGGCAGGGGGACAUGGUGUGGGAAAGGCUGCAGGGAUGGGAGCCAGGAAGCUGAAUACUGGGCCCCAAGAGGCCUGAAGAGAUGAGGGAAGGGCCAAUCAAGAUGGUGAGGAGAAGGAAGAGGCGGAAGCUGCAAAAGUUGACCAGGCUGCAAGGACUGGAGGAGGGACUCAGGGUGAAGCGGAGCUGCCCUACCUGUGGCCCAGAGCCUGGAGGUGAAGAGAAGGACAGAGGGAACACGUUUUCUGUCCAGUUGCUCCCCCCAGAGCUGGUGGAGCACAUCAGCUCCUUCCUUCCCAUCAGAGAUGUCGUCGCCCUGGGCAAGACCUGCCGAUAUUUCCACCACGUGUGCGAAGCCCAGGGCGUGUGGAGGCGCAUCUGUCUCAGGCUCAGCCCCCGUCUACGACAGCAGGGUUCUGGGGUCCGGCCGUGGAAGAGAGCUGCCAUUCUUAACUACACGAAGGGCCUGUAUUUCCAGGCAUUUGGAGGCCGCCGCCGCUGUCUCAGCAAGAGUGUGGCACCCCUGCUGGCCCAUGGCUACCGCCGCUUCUUGCCCACCAAGGACCACGUCUUCAUUCUGGACUAUACAGGGACCCUCUUCUUCCUCAAAAAUGCCCUCGUGUCCUCUACCCUUGGCCAGAUCCAGUGGAAGCGGGCCUGCCGCUAUGUCGUGUUGUGUCGGGGAGUUAAGGAUUUUGCCUCGGACCCAAGAUGUGACACGGUUUACCGUAAAUACCUCUAUGUGUUGGCCACUCGGGAGCAGCUGGGAAUGGUAGGCACAACUGGCAGCCGGACCUGUGACUGCGUGGAGGUGUACUUGCAGUCCAGCGGGCAGCGUGUCUUUAAGAUGACCUUCCACUACUCCAUGAGCUUCAAACAGAUUGUGCUGGUUGGCCAGGAGACUCAGCGGGCCCUGCUGCUCCUCACAGAGGAAGGCAAGAUCUACUCGUUGGUAGUGAAUGAAACCCAGCUGGACCAGCCACGUUCCUACACAGUCCAACUGGCCCUCAGGAAGAUGUCCCGUUGCCUGCCUCACCUGCGUGUGGCCUGCAUGGCUUCCAACCAGAGCAGCACCCUCUACAUCACAGACCAGGGGGGAGUGUAUUUUGAGGUACAUACCCCGGGGGUGUAUCGAGAUCUCUUUGGGACCCUUCAAGCCUUUGACCCUCUGGACCAGCAGAUGCCGCUUGCUCUCUCACUUCCUGCCAAGAUCCUGUUUUGCUCCCUUGGGUACAACCACUUUGGCCUGGUGGAUGAAUUUGGCCGAAUCUUCAUGCAGGGAAAUAACAGAUAUGGGCAGCUGGGAACAGGGGACAAAAUGGACCGAGGGGAGCCCACUCAGGCUGCCUCAUCUGGCACUGAUUAUCCUGCUCCGCCGCCACCGCACGGCUCAACUCCACUGCUGCCUCCGUCUGAGGACCACAGUGCCUCUGGCCCCGCCAUGCCGCUUGCUGCCCUGGCUGCCUUCCUGGGGCCCCUCCUCACUGCCUGGGUCCUGCUGCCUCUUGCCCAGGGCCAGACCCCCAACUACACCAGACCUGUGUUCCUGUGCGGAGGGGAAGUGACUGGGGAUUCAGGCUACGUGGCAAGUGAGGGCUUCCCCAAUCUCUACCCCCCCAAUAAGCAGUGCAUCUGGACAAUCACGGUCCCUAAGGCCCAGACGGUGUCCCUCUCCUUCCGCGUCUUCGAUCUGGAGCUACACCCAGCCUGCCUCUAUGAUUCGCUGGAGGUCUUUGCCGGGGCUGGGACUUCGGGCAAACGGCUCGGGCGAUUCUGUGGGACCUUCCGGCCGGCGCCAGUAGUCGCCCCUGGCAACCAAGUGACCCUGAAGAUGACCGCGGACGAGGGCACGGGAGGACGAGGCUUCCUGCUCUGGUACAGCGGGCGGGCCACCUCAGACACAGAGCACCAGUUUUGCGGAGGGCGCCUGGAGAAGGCCCAGGGGACCCUGACCACGCCCAACUGGCCCGAAUCCGACUACCCUCCGGGCAUCAGCUGUUCCUGGCACAUCGUUGCGGCCCCGGACCAGAUCAUCUCGCUGACCUUUGGGAAGUUUGACGUGGAGCCCGACACUUACUGUCGCUACGACUCGGUCAGUGUGUUCAAUGGCGCCGAGAGUGACGACGCCAAGAGGCUGGGGAAGUUCUGCGGCGACAUGGUCCCUGGUCCCAUCGUCUCAGAGGGGAACGAGCUCCUGGUCCAGUUCGUGUCCGACCUCAGCGUCACAGCAGACGGCUUCUCGGCCUCCUAUCGAGCGCUGCCUCGGGAUGAAGCCGGGCCGGCCCAGAGCCCGACCCCCAGCCACAAGCCCGGGACCGGGCCCAAAGUCAAGCCCUCCGCUAAGCCCCGACUCCCACCUGCGGGGAAACCCGAGGCCUCCCCGGAGGCCGAGGCCACCCCUGUGGACCCCGGUGCACCCAGAACCCCCUGCCCAAAGCAGUGUCGGCGAACAGGCACCCUGCAGAGCAACUUCUGCGCCAGUAACUUGGUGGUGACAGCAACAGUGAAGUCCAUGGUGCGGGGCCCAGGUGAGGGCCUGACCGUCACUGUCGGUCUCAUUGGUGUUUAUAAAACCGGAGGCCUGGACCUGCCUUCGCCACCCACUGACACCCCUCUGAAGUUCUAUGUGCCCUGCAAGCAGUGCCCGCCCAUGAAGAAAGGGGCCAGUUAUCUGGUGAUGGGUCAGGUGGACGAGAACAGAGGUCCAGUUCUCCCUCCAGAGAGCUUCGUGGUUCUCUACCGGCCCAACCAGGACCAGAUCCUCACCAACCUAAGCAAGAGAAGGUGCCCUUCCCAGCCUGGGGGGGCUGCUGGCUCCCGGGCCUGAGCCAGGCCACCAUCAGGGAGAGGCUCCAUUCUCAUCCAAAUAAAUGUUUCUUGACUAAGA